AUGUCGCGUCUCGCCGAAUUAGGCGCUCAACUCUCUCAAUCCCAACCCGCAUACCGCCCAAAGAUAGUCAACACCGAGAGACGCGUCCGCGCACUGCUUGACGGUAGAUGGAUGUUCGACACGACCAACGCAAAACUUGUCUGGGAAAGUAAAUACUUUCCUCAGUAUUGGAUUCCACGCUCUUCGUUCACAUCUGCUACAUCGUUCCCCGAUAGUUCUGCAGGUUCGGAGACUCAGUCCUGCACCCAUGAACUUACUGUUGGGGACAAGACAAUUUGUGCCCUGCUCGUGCCAGAGUCGUUUGAUACUGAGUUGGCCGGAUAUGUGAAGAUCGAAUUUACGGAUUUGGAUGCGUGGUUUGAGGAACAGCAGCAGAUCUAUUACCACCCUAUGGACCCUUAUCAUCGUGUGGAUAUCCUACCCAGUGGACGGCACGUGAAGGUGACAUUGGCAGGACAGACGCUGGCCGACACUGGGUCUGAGGCGGGCGUGAUGAGUCUGUGGGAAACAGAUCUGCCGGGUCGGUGGUACUUACCAGCCACAGCUGUAAAUUUCAGCUUAUUGAGAGUAAGCAAUACGAAGACGGGUUGUCCUUACAAGGGCCAGGCAAGCUAUUAUGAUGCUGUAGUCCAGGGCAAGAAAUAUAAAGACGUGGUAUGGUGGUAUAAAGAUCCUACAGGGGAGAGCAUGGCGAUCAAGGGACUGUUAUGUUUCUACCCCGAUAAGGUUGAAACCUUCGUAGAUGGCGAGCCUAUUGCAAGAACAGGACUGCCCCCUAUGAGCAAGGUCGACAAGGAGAGUAUGGUGCAGUCAAAGUAG